AUGAUCACCUACUCAUGUGCCAUCUGCCUCAACGACUGGCCGCAUACAGAAAUGAUGCGAUCCCUAACUUGCGGACACACCUUUUGUGAAGCCUGUAUCAAUCAACAUCUGAACCUCUCGCGUCCGCUGUGCCCAACAUGUCGUGCAGGUCCGGUCAAACAACAUCAUAUACGCCCUGUCUUCAUUUCUGCCGAUAUGCGCGACGCGCCACCGGUCAUCGCUUCUCCGGCGCGCGACCGCGCGGGCGGCGUACCGAUCGAGUUAUUGCCCAAGUUGCACCAAAUCACGCUGGACCUGCUCUCGCUCACACCGGGCUCGAAUAUAGACCCAGGCGAUGUGUCUGACAGUAUAUUGGAUCUUCUGGCCUCCCAGCAGUGCAAUGAAGCCGUCAAGACCGUCCUUAUCGGAACGUUUACAAACUUUCUGGAAAGCAACGUAGCGCCCGCUUACGAGGUCUUGAGGGACAUUGACGCUCAAGAAGCUGCCGAAGCUGCUGAACGAACUGCGAAGAAAGGUCGCCGCGAAAGAUUGCGCACCGCGUCCUCAAUCUCCCAAUCCCAGGCUACCCUGAACGCUGUCGCGCAGGCUCAGAUCCAGGCUUUGAUUAAGGAGAACAAUCAGCUGAGACAAGAAAACAUUGCUUUGCUCUUGGACCGAGAUCCAGCUUGA